CUUUUCAGGAGAGUACUUUGUUUAAGUACUUGGGCUGGCAUCUACCACAGGCCCUGCUGUUUGAAAAGGAAGACCCUGACCCUCUGACCCACUUCACUCCUCCACUUGACACAGGGAUCUUGCUGUCUGAGAUGAAAGAUCUGGGCAGUCCAAUUACUGUCACAGAAUCUCAUAAACAGAGAAUACUGAGGAGUCUGAGUGGUUUUGCAGAGUUGUUCCCUGAUGAACAAGAUGAGAUGGAGCAGAAACUGGUAGCUGGGGAUCUGUCUUCCAGCAUGGCUGUCUUGCUCUCUGGACCACUUCUGACCCAAGACAUCAAUAUCAGUGAGGUCUCCAUGAACAGAAACCGUCUGUGCCACUCUCCUUCAAUGCCAGAGAAUUUGAACAGGCUAGUACUGAAGCGAAUAGUAAUGUGCCAGGAUAAUGAAACCCCUGUAAAGAUGAAACGGAGGUGCAGCCGAGCRCACAAUGAGCCAGAGCAGAAUGUGACCCUGAAGAAGACAGACAUCAUCAAACUCCUAGAUCAGGACAAUGGUCUCAGACAGCUCAUCGGGGACUUCUCCAAAGUGUAUGCACUACCAACAGUGACAGGACAGCACCAAGAUCUGCGCUACAUCACUCCAGAGACUGGAGCUGUUACCUUUCACAGGCAGGAAGACAUCUUUGAGUUCUUCCUGAAGAAGCCUCUCCUCCCUUCUGUGCCACAGAAAGGCCUGAUCCUUGUGUUUCACUGUGAAUUCUCCUCUGAGAGGGGCCCCAAAAUGUGUCGCUAUCUAAGGGAAGAAGAUUGUGCCAUGAAUGAGUACCCUGCACUGCAUUAUCCUGAGCUGUAUGUCCUGAAGGGGGUCUAUAAGGAUUUUUCCCCUGAGUACRAGGAUCUGUGUGACCCCCAGAGCUACUGUCCAAUGCACCAUCAGGAUUUCAAAGCAGAGCUAAUGAAAUUCCACAUGAAGAGCAAGUCAUGUAAUGUGGAGCGGAGGAAGCGUGAGCAGAUCACUCGUCUCAUGAAACUGUGACCACCAAAGCAAUAGCUGGAGCAGAAGCUUCAUAAAAGGACUCUGUCUUUCAGAACAAAGCUAUGGUCUGUGAAGGCAACCAGACUGGAAAGGUGAAAGAAAGCCUUGUCCUGUUGAGACUGCAAGGACAAAUGAGAUCUGUUUUAAGUUUUGAUGUUGCCUCUGAGAGAGAGGCUCAACAGAAAGCCACAGAUAAAAGGUGUAG